AGCGACUGAAACUAAAUGGUGCCAGAUGCCACAAGUGGUUAGGGAGCAUGGGCGUAUAAAAAGAUGUUUAUUUAGUUCCACAAACUUCGGUCGGUUGUUUCUUUAUUGGAAGGCUCAUCUCUCUCUCUCUUUGUCAGAGUCUUCGCACAGGCAAACAGGAUGGGCGGAGAAUACGUGUGCAACCUGAGUCCAGAGCUCAUCCAGAGAGCUAAAGAUGAGCUCAACGAGGACCCUGAAAGGAGAGCAGCUGAUAUCCAGCACAUCAGAGACUGGCUCAAGAAACAACCUCACAUCAAAGCCAGGACUGAUGACUGGACAAUCCUCCGGUUCCUGAGAGGAUGUAAAUUCUCUCUGGAAAAGACCAAGCAGAAGAUAGACAUGUUCUAUACAUGUAAGUCCAUGUGUCCCGAAUGGUACACGAACAGGGAUCCACAGGACAAGAGGCUGAGAGCCAUCUUGGAGAUGGGCGAAUUCCUGCCGCUGCCAGGGUAUGACCCAAAAGGGCGAAAAAUAAUCCUCAUCCGCUCUGGAGCGCAUGAUCCUAAGGAAUACCCAAUGGACGAGGUCUUUAGAGCAACGCAUUUCAUCAGUGACGUCUUGUUUGAAGAGGAUGAACAGGCCGGUAUCACCGGGGUAGUUAACCUACUGGACAUGGAUGGGGUGACAGCAGCCCACGCGAUGCAGAUGACUCCUUCGCUGGUGAAGAAGGCAAUGACUAUUUGGCAGGAGGGCUACCCAAUGAGACCAAAGGGCCUGAAUUACAUCAAUACGCCGGCAGCCUUUGACACCGUCUUCAAUAUCUUCAAGUCGUUCAUGAAGGAAAAGAUGAAGAAAAGGAUUCACAUUCACGGCAGUGAUUUGGAGAGCCUGUACAAAGAGGUGCCAAAGGAAUGCCUUCCUGUCGAGUAUGGCGGCACUAAUGGCACCAUCGAGGAAAUCAAAGACUACUGGAUCAAGAGAGUUGACGCCCGUCGUGACUGGCUCCUGGAAGACGAGAAGUACGGGGUUGACGAGUCGAAGCGUCCUGGAAAACCCAAGACAACUGUUGAUCUCUUUGGCAUCGAAGGGUCCUUCAGGAAGCUCAAUAUUGACUGAGAGAUUAACGUCAAUAGGAAAUCACUCAAAUACUGUCAACCACAUCACUGAUUCUUUUCUGUUAAUUGUUAUGCAUAAAAGGAUAUUAAAUAUUAAUUGGCACAAA